AUGGAUGAGACGUUCGCCAGCGCUGGCUGGACGAGCGGGCUGACUAGUGGCUGCGUCUGUGGAAGGAGGGCUGGAAGACGCUGCGUAGCACGUGGCGGGAACGAGGCAAUAGGCUGCGAUGGGGUCGUGGUGGGCGAGAACGCAGGGCUGGUGGUCUGGGGCUUGAGGGUCACGGAAUCGAGGGCACCCCUCGGCUUCCUGGGGAAUACUGCUAUGGCAAUGACAAUGCUGCAAGACUGGUGUAGGUGGAUGGGUGUCAAUGCCCAGCGCUCAUUGCUCAUCCUGGGCAUCCCUGAAGACUGCAAGGAAGAUGAAUUCCAGGAAGCAGUGCAGGCUGCCCUAUGGCCCCUGGGCAGGUACCAAGUGCUCUGUAAGACCUUUCGAAAGGAGCUCGGGGCCAGGGCUCCUGAUGCUGACUUCCAGGAUACUCCCAAUUUCCCUGCACAGCCUCAGGGGAGAGCAGUGGUAGGAGCUGCAUGUGAGGCAGAAGCUACAGGUGAGGGAGGACCUACAGGUGAGGCAGCAGUUGCAGAUGAGGAAGGAGCUGUAGGUGAGGGAGAAACUGCAGGUGAGGGAGGAACGGAUAGUGAGGCAGUGGCUGCAGAUGAGGGAGGAGCUUCAGGUGAGGAAAGAGCAUCAGGUGAAGUAGGAGCUGUGAAUGAGGGAGGAGCUGGAGGUGAGGCAAGAGAUGCAGGUGAGGGAGGAGCUGCAAAUGAAGGAGUUGAAGGUGACAGAGGAGCUGCAGAUGAGUCGGAAGAAGCAGGUGAAGUAGGAGUUGUGUAUGAAGCAAGUGUGUCAGAUGAGGAGGGAGUUGAAGGUAAUGUGGGAGUUGCAGGUAUUAUACGACCUAUGGACAUGGCAGCAGCUGCAGGUGAGGUAGGAGCUUCAGGUGACAGAGUUGCUGCAAGUGAGGGAGGAGCUGUAGUUGAGGCAGAAGUACGUGAAAUAGGAGCUGCAGAUGAGGCAAGAGCAUCAGGUGAGGAGGGAGCUGCUGGUGACAUGGGAGUUGCAGGUGUUCUAGGAGCUUUGGGUCUGGUAGGAGCUGCAGGUGAGGCAGGAGCUGCAGGUGACGGAGGAGUUGCAGGUGAGGCAGGAGAUGCAGAUGAGGCAGCGGCUGCACGUGAGGCAGCAGCUGAGGCAGAGGCAGCAGGUGAAGUAAGAGCUGUGCAUGAGGCAAGAGUGUCAGAUGAGGAGGGAGCUGCAGGGGACAUGGGAGUUGCAGGAAUUAUAGGAGCUGUGGGUAUGGCAGGAGCUGUAGGUGAGGGAGGAGCUGCAGGUGAUGGAGGAGCUGCAGGUGAGGCAGGAGCCGCAGGUGAGGGAGGAGCCGCAGGUGAGAGAAGAGCUGCAGGUGAAGCAAGAGAGUCAGAUGAGGAGGGAGCUGCAGGGGACAUGGGAGCUGCAGGUGUGAUAGGAGCUGUAGGUACAGCAGGAGCUGCAGGCGAGGCAGGAGCUGCAGGCGAGGCAGGAGCUGCAGGCGAGGAACGAGUCUCGGAUAUGGCAGGAGGGACAGAUGACGCGGGAGCCCAGACCCAGCAGUGGAGCCAGGCCCUGCAGCCUGUCCUGGAAAACAUGGCCUAUGAGGAGCUGAGAAGCUUUUCUGGGAUUGAAGAGCCAGCCUGUGGGGAAGACUCCUUCGACAGCUGGCUGGAUCAUGCCAACGACAUGCUGUACCUGUGGCGCCACAUAUCUGAGAGGGAGAGGAGGAGGAGGCUGGUGGAGAGCUUGGGUGGGCCUGCCCUGGAUCUCAUGUGUGGGCUCCUGGAAGAACACCCAGACACUCCUGCACAGGACUGCCUGGCCGCGCUGGUGCAGGUGUUUGGGAACAAGGACACCCGGAUGACUGCACGCCUGAAGUUCCUGACUUGCUCUCAGCGGCCUCAGGAGACUCUCUUUGCCUAUGUGAUACGCUUGGAAGGCCUGCUGCAGGUAGCCUUGGAGAAGGGGGCCAUCCAUCCGGUUAUUGCUGACCAGCUGCGAGCCCAGCAGAUGCUGAUGAGGGCCCGACCAAACCAGAUGCUCCAGAACAACCUGAGGAGGAUGCGUCUGGAGAGGAGGCCACCCGGCUUCCUGGGGCUUCUCCGGCUCAUUAGGGAGGCUGAGGCAUGGGAGGCUGCCCUAGCUAGGAAUGAGCAGGUGGAAGGUGAAGAGGGAGCUGAAGUUUACCAAGGAGAUCUGGCUGCUGCCCAGACUGCACCUGACAACGAAGAUAAUGCUGAGGCCACUCUAUCCAGUGAAAAUGCCAGUGAGGCCACCCUUCCCAAUGAGGUCACCAUGGAAUGUAUCUCCAUCAUUGUAGAGAAAACCAAGGCAGAACCAUCCAAUGAAGAUGCCAGCAAGGCUGCGCCUGCCAUUGGAAACACUGAUGAAGCCUACCCAGCCGACAAGGUUGCUCCUAGCCCUGAGCAUGCUGCUGAAGCUACUUCCAAUACAGAUGAUGUCAUGAAGGCAGCACCUGCCAUUAAAGAGGCCAAUACCUCCCCUGCCACUCAGGAAAAUGAAGAUGCUUUUUCCCCUGCAGGUCUAGGCCAGGCAAGAUCAGUGGAGGCCUUCAGUGGCCUCACCCCAGCCCAGAUGGGCAGUGCUUCUGAUGCUAGCCCAGGAGGGCCUGGUUUGGGGCCAGAGAGCCUCCUCCAGGGGGAAAAUCAGGAGGCUGAGGAGCCCCUGCUGGAGGGGCUUAAGGACAUCCUGGAAGAGCUGGGAAACAAGGAUAGGGCUGGGGAGACGAGCCACCCCAAGCCCUCCUUGGGCAAAUAGGCUCAGAAGUCCCAGGGGCCUUCUCUCCUCUCAGGCAACACAUCCCUGGAGGCAGGGGUAGGCCAGGCCAGGGCUGUCACCCUAUCCCAUAUUUGGAGCAGAGUUCAGGGAAGGGCUCAUUCCACCCCAAAUAGGCCUCUCAACUCUCCAAGGAGCUCUCAUCACCACCACCAGCUCUUCCAAAUGGCCCAGCUCUUCCAAAUGACCACAAUUUCAACCAGAUUUGGCAGGAGGAGUCACUCUUCCCCAUGGCAUCCCCAGCCUCAAACUCCACCAAUCUAGGGCAGUAGGCCUGGAAGCACCCCUGAGCUGCUAGCUCUGGCCUAGAUGAGGGUACCUGAAGAUAUCUGACUGAGAGACAUUGCCAGGGGUGUGGGGAGGAAGCCAUCUCAAGGGUGCCGGCUGCCUGGCUCUCCCAUCAGGGGGAUUCUAUCCUCCCCUCCCAGUUCACCAAUUCCAGAACAGGAUGCUACCUGUUCCUGGAAAUCCACCCUUAUUUGUAAGCUCCGUGGAGAUCCACCUCAAGCAAAUGCCCACCUCACACUAGCCAUAAUUCUUGUGCAAAGCCAUGAGGUGUGUGUCAUCUCUGUGUGGAGGUCCUUGCCCUCACAGCCAGCCACCCCUAGGUCUGGGCACAUGUUGUGAGCUUCCAUGUGAGCCAAGGCUCUGCCUGCUCCUGUCCAGUGUCCUGACUUAACCUCUGCUUUCUUGGUGUAGAUAUAGGCCAGCUUUCUGCCACUUGUUCUUGUGGAGUAUUGUAUGUUUUUAUCUGAGCAGCUUCUUCCAGGAGAUCCUGAGCCCACCAGUCCCAGGAGACAGCGGAAAGGAUGGAUGGUGAUGGCGUGAUUGAUGCUGUGCCCAUGACUGCAACUACAACUGUGACUACAUCUGGGACUGCAAUCUUACCUUUUGCAGAAAGAACUGGACUGGGGAUGGAUGUGGAGAGCUGGAGCCUGUGCUUUGAUGUUCCACCUCUGUUAUUUGUAACUCAGUUUCCUCAGCUUGGUGAGGCAUUUCCUGAUGUGCUUUUUAGUGUCUCUGUGCCAAUUAUAGGGCAAGGGCCACCCCACAGUGAGUCAGUCUCAGAGGGAAUUCCCUGAAAGUAAUGUGUAUUGCCAGAGGUCACCAU